AUGCAGGCUGAAGUGCUGGAGCCACCCGAGAUCUUGACCUACCAGACUCGAGAGCAACCCUCCUCUUGUCUGCAGCCAAGGUGUGCGGCAUGCAGCAACUCCAAUGUAUUUGGGCGCAGCUUGCGUUUGACCAUGAUAAGUAGCACAGGAGGAAUUUGGGCGAGUAUCCGUAUAGUGUUUGAUAGGAGUGAUUGGAAAAAACUUUGUGCAAACUUUGGGCAUCAAAAACUGCACAAACGGGUGAUCAGGUCAUACCGGUCCGUCCGUUCGUCCGGUUUCUCCCCAUGUGCUUUUGAAGGAAGGGAACGUGAAGAGAACCAGCCAUCUAACGGUACCUGCAACAUCCCACACGGAUAUGACUAA